GGCAAGCAGAAAAGAUAGUGGUCAAGAAAUCAUACAGCUCACAGCCAGAAUGGUUAUCCUCAGCUGGAUUGCUCUGGGAUUUUAUCUUCAGCUCUUUUUCUGUUGGGCUUUGUCUCAAACCUCUUUUGUCGACAGUAUCUUCUCCAUUUCAGCAGCCUUGCCUUGCCUGGACCAGAAGAAACGGAUCAAUACUAACGGAGGAUGCUCUUUUGUCGCUCUUGCACUUCCUCCCCCUCCUCCUCCUCCACCACCACCAUUAUUUCCUCCACCACACUUCACACAUGGGUGGGAUUCUAUGUUGUUUUCUCUGGAUCUGAAAAACUUGUGUCAAGAGCUUCAGAUAACACAAUCUCCCUGUGCAGAAUCUGUAUGCCCCCCAGGAUCUCCUGGCCCCCAGGGCCCACAAGGUAUUCCUGGUGUGAAAGGACCAAAGGGAGUAAAAGGUGAGAUUGGAAGACCAGGAAGAAAGGGCAGUCGAGGUCCUCCAGGUGUCCCUGGAAUGCCAGGAUCUAUUGGAUGGCCUGGUCCAAUGGGACUAAAGGGUGAAAAGGGAGAUGUAGGUUUGAUGGGAUUGCCAGGCACAAGAGGACCAAUGGGCUUCAAGGGUAAUACAGGUGGUGUUGGAGAAAAGGGAGCUCAAGGACAGAAAGGAGUCAAAGGCAGCAAAGGUGAUAAGGGAUACAUGGGUUUCCCUGGAAUGUUGGGGCAAAAGGGAGAAAUGGGUCCAAAGGGGGAACCUGGUGCAUCAGGACACAGAGGACCAACUGGACGGCCAGGGAAACGAGGCAAACAAGGACAAAAAGGAGACAUAGGACCCCCUGGAAGUAUAGGCCCACCAGGUAGGCCUGGUCUUCCUGGAGUAUCAGGUCCACCAGGACAGUUAGUAGCAGGGCAACUAAUGGGGCCAAAAGGGGAAAAAGGACUUGCAGGACCUCCAGGGAAAUGUCUCUGCAACUCUCAGUCAAAUGUGAAUGGCCCACCAUAUGAGGAGCCACUGUUUGGAGAUGCCUAUUCCAAAGUACCUGCAAUUUUUGUAGUGAAUAAUCAGGAAGACCUGGAAAGAUUAAAUACAGAAUAUGCCCUAGCAUUUCGAAGAGAUCAGCGGUCUUUAUAUUUUAAAGAUACUUCUGGAUGGUUCCCAAUCCAGCAGCUAAAACCUUCCUAUCCACUGGAUCAUCUGAUAAGAGAUAGUAAUGUUUGUGGAGAUGGCAUCAUCCAAGAUGGAGAAGAAUGUGAUGAUGGCAAUACAAUAGUGACUGAUGAUUGUAUAAGAUGCCACCAUGCUUAUUGUGGGGAUGGCUAUCGAUAUGAAGGUGCAGAAGAAUGUGAUGGAAAUGAUUUUGGAUACUUAACUUGCAAAACAUAUCUCCCUGGGUCUUAUGGAAAAUUACGCUGUACUUCUUAUUGUUAUAUUGACUCAACAGAUUGUCGCUAUUUUACAUGAAAAGGGAGUGGUGAGAGAGGAGUAUCUAUAUAUGACAUGCAUGCAUCAGGUGCUACAUUAGUAUCAUCAAACCAAGACUGGACGAUAGAGAAACAAUCAAUGCUAAAACAACCAUUGUCAUGUUGCCAUGAUAAUUGGAGCUAAGUGUUAAUUGCCUGCUCACAGUGGAAAAAAAUCGGACCGUUCUUUCCUGUCUUAAUAGAAAACAUCCAGUGACAGUAACGCUUAAGAUUUGCCUUUUCCAUGACUGACUAAAGGAAUUUUCCUGUGCAUCAAGAACAAAAACAAACCAAAAGAACGCUAUAUUUCACUUCAUGCUGUUAGGUUAUUAAAAUACAAUAAUACCUCAAUUUAGCACUGUUAGUUCUACAAAUAAGCUCUUCAGGUUUUCUUAACAAGAUUUUUCCAGGAUAAAAACAAAUCAUCUUCUGUUGGCAAUGUGUAUAAGAAGUCUUUCAUUUUUGUUUUUGUUUUUUAAUUAUUAUUAUUACAAUGUGAACUUUGUACAUGCUUUAGUUGCAUGAAUUAUGUGGAAACACUUUGUUUGUUGAUUUGGGUAAUUUGAGCUGCAGCCCAAGAUCCUCUAAUAUCACUGAACUCAUUCUGAUUUAACUUCUGUGCAGAUGUGCCCAAGUAAGAGCCAAAGGGAAAUAUUAUUUUUAGGUUUUUUUUUAAUAAACCCCAUGUUAAAAUGAGAGAGAUGCAAUGAGAUUAAAUUAUACUUGCUGGCAGCUUUAAGUGGGACAAUUAGGAAGGAACCACAUUUGCUGGCUAACAAUACCAAUGAAAUACAUAGACAUAGUUCAGAAUCCUAGGAAUAGGAUCGGCUAUUCAGCUUAUGCUGAAAUAACACCUUAGAUCAUAUUCUACUCAGCUAGAGCCACCAUGUCCAGCAGAUGAGUAAUGAUGGAAAGUACAGUUCAGCGACUUCUGGAAGACUGCAGCACAUUGUAUUUAAAAACUAAGGACUCCUAUGCAAGUUUAUAAAGAUGCCAGUUUCAUGUCCAGUAGAUCUAAACAUUCAAGAAACUGGUUAGGGUUGUAGUUAGAUUUUCUGCAACUUCAGGACAGUGGCUCACAUGGAACAAGCUACUGAAUCUACUUUUCCAUGCAUUGCAUUCAUGAAAAGAUUUGGAAAUAAUAAGAUCCUAAAUGAAUUCAUCUAACAUAUACAUUGUUACAUUUACCAUUGCAUUUGAAAAGCUGAGUUGCAUUAAUGAUAAUUACUGAGAAGCUUUCAAUUCCAAACUUUAAUUCUGGCUUAUUUGCCAGGAAGCGUUAGCUAGUCACUCACUUUUAUUGAUUUCCAGUCUGAUAACUGCUUUCUAGUCUCAGCUUUGUAUAACAUUCAGUAUAUAUGUGUAUAUAUUCCUAAUUGUACAGCUUAGUCUAAAUGCUGUAUAGGUUUUAUAUGUAUAUAAAUGGCUUUUCUUUUCCUGUUUUCUAGAAAAAAAUUAUCAGCAUUCAGAAUAUUAUUUAUUUUAUAGCAGAAAUUAAAAAGGAAAUUUUACAUUGGAAAUAUGCUAAGAUACAAACAGAAACUUUAAAUGUAGGUAGAUUAAUUUUUCAUUUAGUGAAAUAUCAGUUCAAAUUAAAAAAAACUAAGAUAGGCCACUCUUUUCCUGCUAUUAUUGAUCCAAAAUAUAUGUUUAAAAUGCAUGAAACUUGUUAAACAUUGGUUACUAUUAUAUUCUGUUUUUUCUGUAGAUAUUAAAUACAGAGGACAGCACAGAAUUAUAAUAACAUUUAACAAUUAUUCAUCCUUUUUACCAUAGAUAUGUAGAUUAUUUUAAGUCUACAUGUGUAUAGUAUUGAGAAAAUAUUUUUUUUAAAAUAAAAACCAUUCCAUUAUUUAGAUUGGUCCUCCUUUUUCUGAAUUUCUUUUAUUGAUUUCUCCCAUUCUGGAAUGUUACCA